AUGAAGAAACAUCUACGCCAUUCCGAAGCUCAUGCGGACGACGCCACACCUUUGGAAGUCAAGGGCGUGUUUCUGGGACAGACGGAGGCAGGGAAGACCAGUCUGCUCAACUGUAUGAUAAAGGGUCAAGGUCACGUGGAGACUGAAACUGACAGAACCAUCGGUGUUGACGUCAUCCGGUUCCAUGACAACAAGAAUAACGUCAAGUACGCGAUGUACGACUUCGGAGGUCACCAGAUCUACCACUACACGCACCGGUUCUUCCUGACACGUCAGGCCCUGCACAUCCUCAAUGUAGACCUGCCAGCAUACAAGUCAGAAGAGUUCCAGGAACGAGUGAUAACGUGGCUAACAUCCGUGACUUCCCACGUCUUCAACCCGGCUAUCCUUGUUGUAGGAACCAAAGUUGACAUGUUUCCGCCAGACAAGGCCGAGGAGAUGAUAGCAGCAGCUUGUUCCUCCAUCCAGAGAGACAUCCAGGGCGCCGAGAGUAAAAUACAAGCCAAGCUGACAGAAGAGAUUCAACUCUGUCAGAAGGCGUUGGAUGCAGUAGACAGCGGAUCAGACAUGCCCGAGCCAUUCUACGGUCUCACAAGGGACGACGUCUUGGCCAAGAAAGAGUCACUGGAGAAGUUACUGGACGGACGACCCAAAGGUCUGUUGAACGUACAGGUUAUCCCGGUCAGCAGCAAGACGUUCCAGGGUAUCGGAGCUCUGUGCGACAAGAUGGCAGAAAUGGUGAAGGACGAGCGAUUGUUUCCUGCUGCCCGCCAAGAGCUGCCGACUUCCUGGACAAAACUGUCAGAAAACAUCCAGGCGACAGGACGGACCCACCUUCAAGUCAGGGAUUGUCAGGACGUCGGAGCAGCUGCAGGGAUGAAGGAGUCAGACGUCCUGAACGCGCUCAGCUAUCUGCACGUGACCGGACAGAUCCUGUUCUACAACCACAUCAGGGGGAUGGAAGAUCUGGUCUUCCCGGACCCAACCAUCAUCCUCACACUCUUCAAGCAGAUCUUCAGGCAUGACCUACCGGGAUAUCUGGACAGCAUAGCUGAGCAUCUGUCUGAGCAAACCAGAGCGCAGUUUGCUGAAGACAGGGCGGCCUUCUUGAAGACGGGCAGGGCCAGCGACAGUUUCAUGAAGAACCUGAUUGGAGACAACAUUGUCACCUUCAACAGUCUCCUUCCCCUGAUGAAGCACUUCGGCCUGUGUUACUCAGGGUCGGUGAUCUUUCCAACAGAGCUUCCUGCCGCCCAGCCUGACGAGGUGGCGCACUGCUGGCCAGAGGUUGUGCCAUCAGGUGGAGAGGAGAUCUCUCUUACUAUAGAGUACAGCCAAGAGCCUCCUCUGGGUCUACCGGAAACCAUGGUCUCCCGUAUCCUGUCCAUGGAGCAGACCACACGCCGUCUCCUCACCAAGGACACAGUUGUCGUUCAUGUUGGAGAGAACUCAGAAGACGUCAUGUACCGCCAUUCCGCUACAAGAGAAGAAAUCCGGAUCCGGGGAGAGCCGGAGAAGGCGUGGCGCCGGGCUCAGACGGUAGUGAGGGAGAUAGAGGCCUGUUGGGACGAGUUUCCUGCCUUGUACUCCAGUAACAGUGUUGGAAGCGAGGAAACAGCAAAGUCCCUCCCUAUAGAGGCUGUAAGGCGUCACGUGCCGGGGGACUUGAUCAGAAUGUCCAGGGGAAGCUGGGAAGGGCCACUUCCGGUCACCAGAUCGCCGAGUAACGUCAACGACAAGUACUUAAUAGACAACCGGCUGUACCAGGUCAGCAGGGCUGUUGGUGUGGAGUGGACCCGGCUGGGACAGAAGCUGGGACUAAACAGGUCUGUGUUGGAUAACAUAGAGGGGGAGUACAGUACUUUGGACACCCAGAGGGCGUUUCAGAUGCUGAAGGCCUGGCGCACCAAGACCCCCCACGGACCGCUCCACUACCUGCCGCAGCUGGAAGAAACACUGCAGAACAUCGGCAAACUGGACCUGGCUAAACACGUGCAGGGGGUGUACAAGGAGUACCGUGAUGCCUUGCCGUUACAAGAGGUCAUUCCUGAGAUGACCGGAGACACAGACUGGUCCCUCCGCCUGCCAGGUGAAGGGAAGUACCUAUGCAGACGGACCGACCUGGGCGUGGUGACGCCCUACCCGCUGCACGUGACCUACAGGAGUGCGAACUGGUCCGACAACUGGCAGCAGGAUCAGGGAUGGAUGGCGGUGGGUCCGCUCUUCUCCAUCCAGUGUGAGGACGUGGAGGGGCCGGUGGAUAUCCUACUGCCGCACGUGCUGUACCUGGAUGAAGACAACGAGCCUGACAAAGAGCGCAUGCGAGUUGUCCAUGUUGCCGGGAAUGAAGCGAAUCUCCUUCCUGUUUCUGAAGUGACCUCAACCCACAUCGUGACCAGGUUCCAAAAGGGCAGUCUGUUCGGUCCCGUGGUGGAGAAAGCCUACGAGAAGCUAUUCGCGAAGAACGGGCGCUGCGUAGUGUUUGCACCUGACUGUGUGGCGCCGGAGUUUCAGAUUCACGUCUACAUCGCUUCUAACUCAAAAGUCGCUUUACAGUCUUUGGAAUCUGAAGAGGCUGAGAAUAACUACGUCAAGUGGGACCAGGAGCAGUGCCUGCUGAUGUCGGGCCACGAGUACCACCUGGACGUGUCUGUAUGGAACGGGAACGGUGGCAGCCUGUUGACGAAACCUGAGAGUAUUACAUUUUAUGACACCUUGGAAUCCGAAAAGAUCUACAAGAAAUUCAGAGUUGAAGUGGACACCAGGAAAUACAAGAAGAUGAGAAAGUCUAAUCUGAGGUUCCAAAUGCUGCUGACGAGCGCUGACGGAAAGUCUGUUUGUGAGUUCAUCACAGCAAAAGGCCAGCCGCUUGAGCUGUCGGAGUCCGACAGCAGCCAGAGUGACAGCGGGCUGUCUGAGCCAGCAGAACGUCCGUCCGAGGGACAGGACCAGGAAGUAUCCACAGUAGGUGGACCGGUCCAAAGUGGUCACCAGAGAACUACGUUGUCGCCUAAAGAGACCAAAAAGACGUCGGGCCGCUCCGGAGCAGGCGGUCAAGGUGGAAAGAAGAAAGGUGCGGUCCUGUUGGUUAGUGACGAGUACUGCACAUGGAAGGGCGGAAUCUCCACCAUCAACCUAGAUGCCGCGCGCAAGCUCGCCGCCGCCGGCGCCCAGGUCUACGUUACCGUGUUGGGGGCAAGUGAACAGGAUGAGAGGGAUGCAGAACGAGACGGAGUGACACUCCUCAAACCUCGGGUCAGUCCAGGACACAACGCGAGGCCAACACUGGAGUGGCUGACAGAGUACCACAUCGUUCACUUUCCGCAACUUCCACCAAAUAUCAGCUACAUUGUGGGCCAUGUUGACGUCACCAGCAGAGCAGCGAGGAAGAUCAAAGAAGAGCGAUUUCCACACGCCAAACUCGCCAUGUUCGGUCACGUGGCGCCAGAGGAGACAGAGCACUACAAGAGUGACGAGAAGGCCCUGGGUGUGGGGAGGAAGGAAGCCAGCAUCCAGGACGACCUUGGCAAGGCUGAUGUCGUCUUCUCGGUAGGAGCGCGCAUUCACCGCCACAACGACAGGUUCCUCCGUCGGCGUCACGUGGAUCACCACAUCUUCCUACCUGAGCCUUCAAGGGUGUUCGUUGAUGCUAAAGUGAGUUUUGACGAAGAAGGUGGCGUCCUAAAGCCAGAGAGAGUGAUCCUGUCCAUCGGCAGGGUGCGGAAUGUGGAGAGGCUGAAAGGGCACGACCUGGCGGCUGGAGGCGUAGACAAGGCGGCACUGCGGCUUGACCAUCUGUACACACUGAGGCUGAGAGUCCGCGGCAUCGAUGAGAACGACUUCAAGGAGAGCAAGGGAAUCCUGGAUGAGAAGCUGAGAUCCGGACGGGUCAAGCCCACCCUUCUCCCGUACGGCACUCAGGAGGAGAUCCGCCGAGACAUGGAGAACUGUCACCUGGUCCUGAUGCCGUCCCGGGCCGAACCGUUCGGACUGGUCGGUCUGGAGGCCAUCGCGGCAGGAGUUCCCGUCCUCAUCUCGAAGCAGUCGGGCCUUGCAGAGCUGAUAGAGGAGCUAUCAGACAGGCUGGGGCAGCCCAAGUUCCGCCACUGUAUCGUCAAGAUGAAGGGAAACGAUGCAACCACUGAUGAAGAGAAGUGGGCGGAAAGAAUCGAGGAUGUCCUCAAGAACGCCAGGUCAGAGUUCGCGGAAGCACGCGCCUUUAGGGAGAAACUGCUGGCCUCCAAGUACUGGGAAGAGUCUCACCAGAAGUUCAUACAGGCCUGUGGCAUCACUGGUCCGCGUGUUGCCAUCCUGCACGCAGCAGAUGAUGAGGAGUUCGUCAGGAGGUUGGUGGAGGGGCUGGGGGGUCUGGGACUGGAGCAAUAUAAUCUACCCCAGACAGCCAUAUUCUGUCAGCAGGUCACAGGUGCUCCUGGUGCCGUCAGCCGCGCACAGCUCACGUCCACACUGACCCUCGGCAGCGUGAAACUUGUCGUGCCCGUGAUCAGCAGACACCUGCUUGCUGACCAGUCCUCGCUCACGGUCGGACUGGAAACUGCCGUCAGGAACAACAAGCCUCGAUAUGUCAUUUGGCUGGACCGGAACGAGGAUGACUUCCGUGAGUUCGGUACGUUAGUCAGCCGGCAGUACCCAACCCUGGAGGCGCCGGCCAGGCGGGUCCAACGGGACAGGGUUGAGGAGACGAUGCCCGACAGUCUUGUCGUCAGUGGGAUGGGAGGUAUCGCCUAUGAUGCGAUGCCGACACCAGUAAGCCGGGCCCGCCGGGUGGUAGAGAUGCUGGAUGGCAGGAGUCGGCAGGAGCUGUACGACUGGUUAGUGCUGGUCCUGCGGGAGGAAGGACAGGAUUUCCUGGUGGAGGAGAUGGAGGAACGGGAGCGGGAAUUGGAGCGGGACUACGGCAUCGGGAAACAGCAGGCAGCACAACCUGGUCAACAAACGGCACAGACGGAACAUUUCACACAGGAAAGUCAAGUAGUAACCGUGAAGAAGCAUCUACGUCAUCCCGGAGCGCAUGCGGACGACGCCACAACACCUUUGGAAGUCAAGGGCGUGUUUCUGGGACAGACGGAGGCAGGGAAGACCAGUCUGCUCAACUGUAUGAUGAAGGGUCAAGGUCACGUGGAGACUGAAACUGACAGAACCAUCGGUGUUGACGUCAUCAGUUUCCAUGACAACAAGAAUAACGUCAAGUACGCGAUGUACGACUUCGGAGGUCACCAGAUCUACCACUACACGCACCGGUUCUUCCUGACACGUCAGGCCCUGCACAUCCUCAAUGUAGACCUGCCAGCAUACAAGUCAGAAGAGUUCCAGGAACGAGUGGGAACGUGGCUAACAUCCGUGACUUCCCACGUCUUCAACCCGGCUAUCCUUGUUGUAGGAACCAAAGUUGACAUGUUUCCGCCAGACAAGGCCGAGGAGAUGAUAGCAGCAGCUUGUUCCUCCAUCCAGAGAGACAUCCAGGGCGCUGAGAGUAAAAUACAAGCCAAGCUGAAAGAAGAGAUCCAACUCUGUCAGAACGCGUUGGAUGUAGUAGGCAGCGGAUCAGACAUGCCCGAGCCAUUCUACGGUCUCACAAGGGACGACAUCUUGGCCAAGAAAGAGUCACUGGAGAAGUUACUGGACGGACGACCCAAAGGUCUGUUGAACGUACAGGUUAUCCCGGUCAGCAGCAAGACGUUCCAGGGUAUCGGAGCUCUGUGCGACAAGAUGGCAGAAAUGGUGAAGGACGAGCGAUUGUUCCCUGCUGCCCGCCAAGAGCUGCCGACUUCCUGGACAAAACUGUCAGAAAACAUCCAGGCGACAGGACGGACCCACCUUCAAGUCAGGGAUUGUCAGGACGUCGGAGCAGCUGCAGGGAUGAAGGAGUCAGACGUCCUGAACGCGCUCAGCUAUCUGCACGUGACCGGACAGAUCCUGUUCUACAACCACAUCAGGGGGAUGGAAGAUAUGGUCUUCCCGCACCCAACCAUCAUCCUCACACUCUUCAAGCAGAUUUUCAGGCAUGACCUACCAGGAUAUCUGGACAGCAUAGCUGAGUCUCUGACUGAGCAUGCCAGAGCGCAGUUUGCUGAAGACAGGGCGUCCUUCUUGAAGACGGGCAGGGCCAGCGACAGUUUCAUGAAGAACCUGCUUGGAGACGACAUUGUCACCUUCAACAGUCUCCUUCCCCUGAUGAAGCACCUUGGCCUGUGUUACUCAGGGUCGGUGAUCUUUCCAACAGAGCUUCCUGCCGCCCAGCCUGACGAGGUGGCGCACUGCUGGCCAGAGGUUGUGCCAUCAGGCGGAGAGGAGAUCUCUCUUACUAUAGAGUACAGCCAAGAGCCUCCUCUGGGUCUACCGGAAACCAUGGCCUCCCGUAUCCUGUCCAUGGAGCAGACCACACGCCGUCUCCUCACCAAGGACACAGUUGUCGUUCAUGUUGGAGAGAACUCAGAAGACGUCAUGUACCGCCAUUCCGCUACAAGAGAAGAAAUCCUGAUCCGGGGAGAGCCGGAGAAGGCGUGGCGCCGGGCUCAGACGGUAGUGAGGGAGAUAGAGGCCUGUUGGGACGAGUUUCCUGCCUUGUACUCCAGUAACAGUAUUGGAAGCGGGGAAAAAGCAAAGUCCCUCCCUAUAGAGGCUGUGAGGCGUCACGUGCCGGGGGACUUGUUGAGAAUGUCCAGGGGAAGCUGGGAUGGGUCACUUCCUGUCACUAGAACACCGACAGACGUCAUCGGCAAGUACUUAAUUGACAACCGGCUGUACCAGGUCAGCAGGGCUGUUGGUUGGGAGUGGACCCGGCUGGGACAGGGGCUGGGACUGAACAGGUCCGUGUUGGACAACAUUCAUAUGGCAACAUAUACACAGGCGGCGUUCCAGAUGCUGAAGGCCUGGCGCACCAAGACCCCCCACGGACCGCUCCGCUACCUGCCGCAGCUGGAGGAAACACUGCAGAACAUCGGUGAACCGGACCUGGCUAAAGACGUACAGGGGGUGUACAAGGAAUACCGUGAUGCCUUGCCGUUACAAGAGGUCAGCCCUGAGAUGACCGGAGACACAGACUGGUCCCUCCGCCUGCCAGGUGAAGGGAAGUACCUGUGCAGACGGACCGACCUGGGCGUGGUGACGCCCUACCCGCUGCACGUGACCUACAGGAGUGCGAACUGGUCCGACAACUGGCAGCAUAAUCAGGGAUGGAUGGCGGUGGGUCCGCUCUUCUCUAUCCACUGUGAGGACGUGGAGGGGCCGGUGGACAUCCUACUGCCGCACGUGCUGCACCUGGAUGGAGGCACAGUAUUGAAUCCAGAUGACAUCGCGAUCGUGCACGUUGCGGGAGAGACGGAAGAACUCCUGACGGUGUCUGACAUCAGCCCGACCCACCUCACCACCAGAUUCCGGAAGGGAAGCAAGUUCGGUCCUGUGGUGAGAAGUUACCUCGGGAUGGACCUGCGCAGGAACGGCCUGUGUGUGGUGUUCGCGCCGCCAAACUUUCCCUCGGUCUUCCAGCUUCACGUCUACAUCAUCUCCAAUGUCGUGCUUAUGGUAGAGUACCUGCAGACGUUGGAAGGGAAGGUCGGCUACUCCAGCUGGGAUCCUGAACAGUGUGUGCUGAAGCUGGGGGAGGAGUAUCGUCUGGAGGUGACAGCCAGAAACGGAGCAGGCGUCGACGUGGAGACACGGCCUGAAGAGGGUCUGGAGUUUGACGACACGUUUGAGACAGGGCAGUACUACAAGAAGUUCCGUGUGGAGGUGGACGCCAGGAAGUACAGCAGAGCGCAGAGAUCCAAGCUUCGGUUCGACCUGCACCUCAAGAACGCUGACCAGACUGUCUGCAGAUUUACCCCAACCAAAGGUACCCAAGCUCUGGAAGGCGCAGCCGCGGCAGAUGACAGCGACAGCGGGGUUUCGGAGACAGACGCUGAUGCAGACACACAUGCGCAGAAAUCAGGGAAGCAUGCACCACGCAGGGUCCAAAGAGCUGCAGGAUUACCCGUCACCAUAGAGACGGUGGGACCAACAACAGGCAGAUCUUCAGUCCUGUUGGUUAUUGACGAAUACUGCACAUCGAAGGGCGGAAUCUCUACCAUCAACCUGGAUGCCGCGCGCAAGCUCGCCGCCGCCGGCGCCCAGGUCUACGUUACCGUGUUGGGGGCAAGUGAACAGGAUGAGAGGGAUGCAAAACGAGACGGAGUGACACUCCUCAAACCUCGCCUUGAUGCCGACAGCAGCGCCAAGCCGUCCCUAGAGUGGCUGACUGUGUACCACAAACACCACUUCCCACACAUUCCAUCAGACAUCUGCUGCAUCGUGGGCCAUGUUGACGUCACCAGCAGAGCAGCGAGGAAGAUCAAAGAAGAGCGAUUUCCACGCGCCAAGCUCGCCAUGUUCGGUCACGUGGCGCCAGAGGAGACAGAGCACUACAAGAGUGACGAGAAGGCCCUGGGUGUGGGGAGGAAGGAAGCCAGCAUCCAGGACGACCUCGGCAAGGCUGAUGUCGUCUUCUCGGUAGGAGCGCGAAUUCAGCGCCACUACGACAGGUUCCUCCGUCAGUGUCACGUGGAUCACCACAUCUUCCUACCCGAGCCUUCCGAGGUUUUCAGUCGCGCAGCAGUGAGCUUUGGUGAAGAAGAUGGCGUCCAAAAGCCAGAGAGAGUGAUUCUGUCCAUCGGCAGGGUGCGGAAUGUGGAGAGGCUGAAAGGGCACGACCUGGCGGCUGGAGGCGUAGACAAGGCGGCGCUGCGGCUUGACCAUCUGUACACACUGAAGUUGAGAGUCCGCGGCAUCGAUGAGAACGACUUCAAGGAGAGCAAGAGAAUCCUGGAUGAGAAGCUGAGAUCCGGAAGGGUCAAACCCACCCUUCUCCCGUACGGCACUCAGGAGGAGACCCGCCGAGACAUGGAGAAUUGUCACCUGGUCCUGAUGCCGUCCCGGGCCGAACCGUUCGGACUGGUUGGCCUGGAGGCCAUCGCGGCAGGAGUUCCCGUCCUCAUCUCGGAGCACUCGGGACUUGCAGAGCUGAUAGAGGAGCUAUCAGGCAGGCUGCGGCAGCCCAAGUUCCGCCACUGUAUCGUCAAGAUGAAGGGAGACACCGCGACCGACGCUGAUGCAGACAAGUGGGCAGAAAAAAUCGAGGAUGUCAUCAAGAACGCCAGGUCAGAGUUCGAGGAAGCUCGCGCCUUCAGGGAGAAACUGCUGGCCUCCAAGUACUGGGAAGAGUCUCACCAGAAGUUCCUACAGGCCUGCGGCAUCACUGCUCACACCCCCAGAGCAACCAUGCCCGCCAGUAAACCAUCGAAGAAACAGGACCAGGGGCCCUUGGCUGAGACAGCAGAGGAAGACGAGUCCAUCAGUCGACUGAAACAGCCCAGUCUGACACAAACCGUGACCCCAACAGCCCCCAUGCUGGCCGGUAAACAAAUGGAAACAUCCAGGAAGCCACAGGCAGACAACACGAAGCAUUCAGCUGUACAGGCAGAGGAGAAAGCUACUGACAUGACGGAUGACGACGAGUCCAGCAAAGUAGAAAAGCGCCCCCUGUUGGCUCAAUCAGGAAGAGCGCCUGCGGCCAAGAGCCCGACUCAUGAUCAGCUGCUGCAACAGGAAGAACUAGAACUGGAGGACCUGGCUGCAGUUACAGAGGAAACCCGUCUGUCGCCAGCCGGGGAGGAGCAGGGGGAAACAGGAGAAGCUCAGACUGCCGCAGACACGGCCUGCUGCCCUCGCUGCCCGCAUUGUACAUGCUCUGUGCUGUAGGUACUAGUACUCAUGCAGUAGUACUACACACCGUAGUGAAACUGUGCUGUAGGUAGUGUAGCGGUACAAAACCCAUCAUCACCAUUCCCUGACCACUGCUUAAUGCUGGCAUCAAGCGUGACGCGACAGCAAAAGUCUCAUGUCUUCAUGAACUGCCUUAGGCUUGAUUAAGCUUUCUUUUUGU